CUGAGAUAUUAGAAAGAGAAAGAGAAGGGUUGAAGAGUACAAUGUCAGAAAUUGUCAUGCAGAGACAAGAAAUAGCCAAUCGACUGAAAAAAGAGACUGAGUUGGAAACGACACAUCUUAUAGAACUAAAGGCAGAGCAGAAGCAAGACAGAGAGGAUCUGGAUAGAGAGAGUGAGAUGAUGAACAAAGAGAAACUGGACUUGGAGCUGAUGAGGUCUGACAUCCUGAAACAAAGUGACAUAUUAGAACAAGUGAUACAAGAUAUAAAAGAGGAAAAAGACAAACUGGAAAUCAGAAAGACUGAGCUACAAAAGAAAAAAGAACAUGCAGACAGUCAGUUUCAUGAGAUCAACAGACAGAAAACCAACAUUAAAGAUCUGACACUUCAGCUUCAGACAGAAAGAGACAAACUUGACAAUGUCAUGAACAUGAUUACCUUAAAACAAGAAGAACAACAAUUCAAGGAAGCUGAGUUCAAAAGACAAACACAAGAGCUGGAAACCAGUAAGAACAGUGUACUGGUAGAAAGAGAAGAACUGGAACUUUUGAGGAAGGAUCUCAACAGGAAGAAAGAAGAGGUUGAAGCUGCCAUGAUCACCAUCAAUGGAGAGAGAGAACAACUCAAUGAGAUGAAGAGUAGUAUUGACCUGGACAGACGAAUGCUCGAGAAAGAAAAGGACAGAAUGGAAGGAGAAAGGUCUGAGCUGAAAAUAAGAGAAGAUCAACUCCUGAAUGAAAUGAAAUCCCUUGAAUAUCUGAGGGAAAAACUGCAACAGCUGAAUGAAAGGAUGAGUGAAGAUGUGAAAAACAAAAUCAUGAGACUGGAACAAAACAUUGAAGACUUACUAAAACUGUUGAGUGUUUUGGGGCAAAAGCAUGAGGCUCUGGAUAAACUGAAGGAAAAUAUGUCAUCUUACACUGAGAUAUUAGAAAGAGAAAGAGAAGGGUUGAAGAGUACGAUGUCAGAAAUUGUCAUGCAGAGACAAGAAAUGGCCAAUCGACUGAAACAAGAGACUGAGUUGGAAAAGACACAUCUUAUAGAACGAAAGGCAGAGCAGAAGCAAGACAGAGAGGAUCUGGAUAGAGAGAGUGAGAUGAUGAACAAAGAGAAAUUGGACUUGGAGCUGAUGAGGUCUGACAUCCUAAAACAAAGUGACAUAUUAGAACAAGUGAUACAAGAUAUAAAAGAGGAAAAAGACAAACUGGAAAUCACAAAGACUGAGCUACAAAAGAAGAAAGAACAUGCAGACAGUCAGUUUGAUGACAUCAACAGACAGAAAACCAACAUUAAAGAUCUGACACUUCAGCUUCAGACAGAAAGAGACAAACUUGACAAUGUCAUGAACAUGAUUACCUUAAAACAAGAAGAACAACAACUCAAGGAAGAAGAGUUCAAAAGACAAACACAAGAACUGGAAACCAGUAAGAACAGUGUACUGGUAGAAAGAGAAGAACUGGAACUUUUGAGGAAGGAUCUAAACAGGAAGAAAGAAGAGGUUGAAGCUGCCAUGAUCACCAUCAAUGGUGAAAGAGACCAACUCAAUGAGAUGAAGAGUAGUACUGACCUGGACAGACGAAUGCUAGAGAAUGAAAAGGACAGAAUGGAAGGAGAAAGGUCUGAGCUUAAAAUAAGAGAAGAUCAACUCUUGAAUGAAAUGAAAUCCCUAGAAUAUCUGAGGGAAAAACUGCAACAGCUGGAUGAAAGGAUGAGUGAAGAUGUGAAAAGCAAAAUCAUGAGACUGGAACAAAACAAUGAAGACUUACUAAAACUGUUGAGUGUUUUGGGGCAAAAGCAUGAGGCUCUGGAUAAACUGAAGGAAAAUAUGUCAUCUUACACUGAGAUAUUAGAAAGAGAAAGAGAAGGGUUGAAGAGUACGAUGUCAGAAAUUGUCAUGCAGAGACAAGAAAUGGCCAAUCGACUGAAACAAGAGACUGAGUUGGAAAAGACACAUCUUAUAGAACUAAAGCCAGGGCAGAAGCAAGAAAGAGAGGAUCUGGAUAGAGAGAGUGAGAUGAUGAACAAAGAAAAACUGGACUUGGAGCUGAUGAGGUCUGACAUCCUGAAACAAAGUGACAUAUUAGAACAAGUGAUACAAGAUAUAAAAGAGGAAAAAGAAAAACUGGAAAUCACAACGACUGAGCUACAAAAGAAGAAAGAACAUGCAGACAGUCAGUUUGAUGAGAUCAACAGACAGAAAACCAACAUUAAAGAUCUGACCCUUCAGCUUCAGACAGAAAGAGACAAACUUGACAAUGUCAUGAACAUGAUUACCUUAAAACAAGAAGAACAACUCAAGGAAGAAGAGUUCAAAAGACAAACACAAGAGCUGGAAACCAGUAAGAACAAUUUACUGGUAGAAAGAGAAGAACUGGAACUUUUGAGGAAGGAACUCAACAACAAGAAAGAAGAGGUUGAAGCUGACAUGAUCACCAUCAAUGGAGAGAGAGAACAACUAAAUGAGAUGAAGAGUAGUACUGACGAGGACAGACGAAUGUUCGACAAAGAAAAGGACAGAAUGGAAGGAGAAAGAUCAGAGCUGAAAAUGAGAGAAGAUCAACUCUUGAAUGAAAUGAAAUCAAUAAAAACUCGGAGGGAAAAACUACAACAGCUGAAUGAAAGGAUGAGUGAAGACGUGAAAAACAAAAUGGAAAGAUUACAACAAAACAAUCAAGACAUACUAAUGCUGUACACUGUAUUGGAACAAAAACUAACAGCUCUAGAUGUACAGAAAGAGAACCUGGCUGGAUCCAGUGAGCUGUUAGAGAGAGAAAAGAAAAGUUUGAAAGGUAUACUGUCAGACAUUGUCAUCCAGAGAGGAAACAUAGAAAAUCAAUGGAAGCAGAAGUUUGAGUUGGACAAACAAGAUCUCUACAAACUGAAGGCAGAGCAGAAGCAAGACAGAGAGGACCUGGAUAGAGAGAGUGAGAUGAUGAACAAAGAGAAACUGGAUAUGGAGCUGAUGAGGUCUGACAUCCUAAAACAAAGUGACAUAUUAGAACAAGUGAUACAAGCUAUAAAAGAGGAAAAAGACAAACUGGAAAUCACAAAGACUGAGCUACAAAAGAAUAAAGAACAUGCAGAUAUUCAGUUUGAUAAGAUAAACCAAAAAAAACAACAAUUGUAUCAAAUAAAGACAACUACUGAAAGUGAGAGAGAAAGGUUUUUAAAUGAAAAUAAGAGGAUGGAAGGAGAAAUGUCUGAGCUGAAAAUUACAAAGGUCCGGCUCACCAGGUUAAUGAACUUCAUGGUAAGUCUCAACGCAAAACUCAAAGAGUUGAAUCAAAGGAGACAUGAGGACUUUACAAAGAAUAUGGAGAAAUUUGGACAGAAAUAUAAAGACAUGCUCCAAUCGAACUCAGUAUUGGAACAGAAGUGUGAUGAACUCGAUAAACAGAAAAAUAAGGUCACUGGUUAUUAUGACCUGAUGCAAAAAGAGAAGAAACAUAUGGUGACAAUAAUGUCUGACAAAGCGGUACAAAGUGAGGUUGUAAAGGAAUGGCUUCAGGAGCAAGAUGUUGAUGAACAGUAUUUUAAUAAACCUAAAGAGUUUGAAUGUGAGAAGGGUGUUUUCCAGUCAGAUGCCAUGAUCCAGACUGAAGAAUUUGAACAUCAGUGGAAGUUAGAAGGAGAUAAACAUGAUCUUGAAAGAAAAGCUAAAUACUUGAAAACUAAGAGGGGAGGUCUGCUGCUGAUGGUGGCGGAAGAUGAAGGGAAAAAUAAACAGAAGAUGUUCAAGUUGGCUCCAGAGCCAGAUGAUUUUACAGACGAGAAAAUGUCAAGAAGAGAUUGUUUGCGAAAGAUCUGGAAGGAUACUAAAAUGGAGCGGAAGGAGAUCAAUCAGAUGAAGUGCAUGAGCCAUGAGAUGAAAAACAACAUAGAGAAAAGACUAAAGGUGAUCAAUCAGUUUGUUAAGAGAACAUGGUUACAGAAAGAAAAGGAACUACUGGAGAAUAAGCUGAAACAAGGUCUAAGUAAGGACAUGACAUCCCAAACUGACUGCGAGAGAGACAGCAUAACACUGGACAAAAAAUACAGAGAGAUCCAACAACUUCAAGUUCAGAUGCUCAGUGAGAAAGAAAAACUGUGUACACUGACAAGUAUUGACAAAGCUAAUCAAAAGUUCAAGGUCGAUAUAACCACAAGGGAUGGAACAAUGCAAGUAAAACAACAGACUUCUGCUAAAACGUAUCAAGAGAAGAUGAAGGUAGAAGAAACUGAUGCAGCUCCAGAGACAUCCAGCGGACUCCUUUGUCAGCUCCGGCAUUUUUGCUAUCAAUGCUGCUGCCCUUGCUGUCCCUGCUGCAAGCAAGUCUACCAGGAGGAGAACUGAGAGACAGAAAGUCGCAGAAAGAUUCUACAGGAACAAUUGUAAUGAGGGGCGUCUGCCCUAAGCAGCAGUGAGAUAAGUCCCCCCAUGGAGUCCAGACACUGGUGGAGGUUGUGGCUGAUGAUUCUGAUGAGGCUGAUUGGCUGAAGAGGCUGAUGAAUCUGUUAAGACAGGCGAUGCCAACAACAGAGAGAACAUAUUGAAAUAACUGAACAGCCGUGAACACAGAAUGCUCAUAACAGCAGCAUAAAUGUACUAAAGGCAUGGAGAGAAUCAUAUUUAAACAGAGGCAGCAGCAGAAUGAUAGGCUAACAAUGUAGGUGUGUCGGUAAGUAAGCAUGCAUGGGAGGAGUGCAUGAGAGGAGUGAAUGACAGGAUGCACAAAAGAUAAAACCUUGCAACAGGAUAGUGUUCCUGACUGAAAUUAUGCUAUAGCUUCAAGCUUCAUUUAUUGGUUAACAAAAUAAGAUUUGAUAGUUUACUUAAAUAACUUUAAGAGUGAGUGCAUUAUUUGCAGUUUGCAACACCUCAGUCCUUCAUAUUGCAUUUUUUUUACAAACAACUUACAAAAAAUACAUUUUACAGCAUGAACAUAUCCCCCCUUUUGUCAUCACCACCCACUCAAAGAAAAAUCAAGAAAAGAUGACACAGUAACUACAAUAUGCAGACCAUACAACAAAAUAAUAAAAAAAAAACAAUAAACUAUUAAGCAAAUAAACAUGUUUAAAUGAGCCAUUAAACAUGUCUCUCCCCAGUACAAAGCUUCUUAGGCGCCCUGCAGAAGGCUCAGGUACUUUCCCCAUUUUCUAGUGCAGUAAACGCAGCCACCCUAGCUAUCUCACAAGCCCGCUCUUGGAUUGACAGCUAUCAUUACUAGUUUGGACUCAGCUUCUUAUGUGCUUAUCCAUCCCAUUUAGGAUUGACAAAUAAUCUUGGGCUGAAUGGAACCUGGGUCCCUGCAAUCCAACAUGUGGUUAUCAUGUAUCCCAGUCCAAAUUUCCUGGACCUUAUGACAGGAACAUAGGACAUGAAGUAAUUGGCCGUCCUUUGCCUUACAUUUCUAUUUUGUGUGUCUUUCAUACCAAGUCUAAACAAUCUGGAAGGAGUCCAAUAGAAGCAAUGUAUAAUCUUGAACUGAAUGAGGCACACCCUCACAUCGCGUGACAUAGUUUUAAAAUUCCUACUGUUUCUGUCCCACUCCUCAUCAUCCGGUGUAAUAUUCAGAUCCCUUUCCCAAGUCUUCUUGAGGGCUGACCAGGCUCCAUCCCCCAGGUUCUGCAUAAGCAUAGAAUAAUACCCAGAAGCCUCAUGACCUUUUCCAUAUUUCAACACCUUAUCUAAACAUUCUGGUGCCUUCGGGGCUGAAUAACUGGAUCCAAAAAUCCCCACCAACAGAUGGCAAAGUUGCAAAUAUCUAAAAAUUGAGACCUAGGGAUUCCAAAUUGCUGUACCACAUGCUCAAAUGAUUACAACUCCCUUUUCCAACCAAUCCCACAAAAAAGGGGAGAUCUACCAAUACAUAACUUUGGAUUUUGCCAAAUACUUGGUGAAGUAUUUAGAUAUGGAUCCAAUUCAAACAGCUGAGCCACUUUAGUCCGCACAACUUUUAAGAGAGAUUAUCGGAUGUGUUUUUGCCUCACCAUACAGUUUGACGUACAGGCUUUGUAACGGCGAUGAUGGGGCAAGAACAGAUUGCUCAAUACAAUACCAGGGUGGGGCUCUCCCAGGAGGACGUGACCAGUGGGCCAUAUGCCUUAAGUUAAAAGCAUAGUAGUAAUACAACAUCGUUGGUAGACCCAAUUCAUUAAAAUGAAGCAGGAUUUUUGACCAUUCCAUAUAAAUGACUUUGUUAUCCUGUCAAACCAUUUAAAAUAUGACAGAGGAACCUCCAGAGGAAGAGAUUGGAUAAGGUAAUUCAGUUUGAGAACACAAACCAUUUUUAUAACAUUGACCUCUAUUGAGAGAUUGAGAGUCUCCCAUCUGUUAACAUCACAAGAGAUUUUAUCCAAUAAUGGAUCCAAAUUAACUUUAACAAGGUCUUUUAACUGGGGAGGGAAUAACAUACCCAGAUAUACGAUACCUUGCUUGGGCCACUGAAAUGCACCUGAUUGUAAGGCUAUAAUGGGACAUUGAGCUAUUAAAGGCAACACUUCUGACUUGGACCAAUUUACCCUAUAACUUCAACAUUUUUAAAGAAAGAGUCGGCUCUUCCUAUAAUUGUGAAGCAGAAUUCACCAAGCGUUGGAUUGUUCACCCACUAAUAGGGAACGUGAGCUGGGUUUAGACCGUCGUGAGACAGGUUAGUUUUAGUAGAUAGGGUAUUGAUCUACUGGGUUCAGACACAAAAAGUAUAUCAUCAACAUAAAACAUAAGUUUGUGCCCUACCCCUCCUACCGCAACGCCUGGGGAAGUUAGUCUCCCCCUUAUGGCUGCUGCCAAGGGCUCUAUGGCUAACAUAUUGCAAUUGUAAACAUAAUGUAUUAAACUUAAGAAUGAAUUUUCACUUAAUUACAGAAAAUAUUUAAUAGUUAUUUAUAGAACUGACCUUGCCAAGUUAAAACUAUUUUGUUUUGUUGUUGUAUUGCUGGUUCUUUUUUCUUGCUCUUUUUUUAAAGUAUUCAUUGGUUUACCUUGUUAUGUUAUAAUUAUUUUUUAAAACAACUA